AUGCCGGACCUCGAUAAAUCCCCGGAGUCCAUGGACUGGGCUCUGCAGCAUUUUCUUAAUAACAUGGCCCUGCUGGAUGCUGGAGAAAGCCUGGCAAGAUAUCAAGUCCGAAACCCGUACGAUCUCUUUGCCAGCUCGCUGGAGGCUCGGCUGAGGACUGUGCUGGAUCCCAACGGUCCAUAUGUUAAGCCUCCUGCCGACAUGGAUCAGGAAGAUGCAUUCUCGCUCAACUGGGCCGACGUCGUUCGAGAGGUCAAACUGCAUGAUUUCUAUCAGGGCGCUGACGGAUCGCACUGUUGCCUUUUCAAGAACGAGCACUUGAUCAUCAUUUCCGAGCAUGACUUUGUAACCCUGUCGAUCCUUCAACCUUUUCUUCAACCUUGGCCUCCCUGGCCGCAUCCUGAUGAUGUCGACAAGGAGCGAAUGGUGUUGGCGAUGGAGCUUGAAAAGGUCUCCCGGUUCAAAGAAGCUCACACGGAAGUUGGGGAUCGUCUCGACAGCUAUGUUGCUAAGCUGAAGGAACGUGAUGACAACCUUGGUGUGUACAUGGAGGCCAUCAAGGACUGGAGUAAGAUGUACUUCAGACACAACUUUGGUCUCCCCAAGAGCUUUGAGACUUCUCCAGUUCAGAGAGGCGAGGGUUCGCCCACCAAUUCGGACAACUCGAUUUUAUGGGACAACAGAGGUGACAUCCCGUUCUUGCUACCCGAGGGUGAUGUUUCCACUCAAGUUUUGACAGGCGAAUCUGUCUCUGAGGCUCCGCACCGACGUUCCCGUGCCAGUAAGCGUAAACGGUCAAGUGAUUCGGGCCGUUUCCACUCCGGCACCGUGAGCAAUUCUGCUCUUUCCUCUAUUCCCGACAGCACCGACUGGGAGGCCCUGGAUGACUCCAAGGGCAGUGAUGGGGAUGAUGAUGAGGAUACCCCGACCAAGGCACCAACUUCUUCACCUCCCUCGUCCAAGCGCAGACGUGUCACUCCAGCCUCAUCGCUCCACAUCGGUGUGCGAACUCGUCUGAGCAAGGACGAGAAGGCCCAUGGGUUCAUACUCAUCGAUUCUCUGUUGAAGGAAGGUAAGAGCUGGCUCUUCAUCACCGAUCGGUACAAUGAUAAGUUCGGGGGUCACCGCAGCAUGGACUCAGUGAAGGCCGUCUGGGACCGACUGAGUCUCAACCCCAGAUCGACCGAAGGCGCAACCGUGAUUUCUUCAGACAUUGAACAAAACUCAUGGGAGACUUCGUCGAACAACACUGUCAUCCGUUCGAUCCCCGAGUUUGUGUCCAGCUCCACCACAGUGCCCCGGAAGCGAUUCGGAGAUGGCAAUGUUGAGACCUUCCGCGUGACUGGCAAACGGCAUGCCGACGACAUGCACGUCAGCAAAAAGGAAGGCGAACAGUGA